AUGGAUCUGGAUUUAAAAGUGCCAUUGGUGAUUAGGUAUGAAGAUUGCUACUUUAAGGAAUUCACUCCAGAUUAAAAUCUUGAAGGGCAGUUUAAUUAAGAUUGGCGUAUGCACCAAGAAUGGGCUGUUCUAAGAUGUAAACUCAAUGCUCCACCUAAGCAAGCUUUCAGUGAUAACGAAGAAGGAUGGGCAAUCUAUAAUGGUGAACUGAGACACAAUUCUAAUUCCACUGGCAAUAAAUAUGGCAAAUAAUACAAGAAAGGAGACAUUAUCGGUGUUAUGCUUAAUAUGAUUGAUGGCUAGUUAUCUUUUUCAAUAAAUGGAGAGAAUCAGGGAAUUGCCUUCGAAUGCAAUGAGCUUAAAGAAGUUCCACUUUAUGCCGCCAUUGCUCCAAUCUAUAAGGAAGAUGGAAUCGAAUUGCUUAUGGCUGUCAGGGAAGAUUGA